AUGGCGGCCAAGCGUGCAACGUACAACAGCUCUGUUGAGGCGUUCCGCGAGCAUGAAUUUCCAAUGCUCAAAGACAGCAUCUACCUGGACCAUGCCGGCACUACGCUCUACAGCCGCUCGUUGGUUGAUCGGUUCGCUGCCGAUAUGAUGGCCAACUUAUUAGGCAAUCCGCACGCAGCCUCGGCGUCCUCCCAAGCUGCCGGACACAUGAUUGAGGACAUCCGAAUAAGGACACUACAGUUCUUUGGCGCCGACCCGGCCGAGUUUGAUCUCAUUUUCGUAGCCAACGCAACGGCCGGCGCCAAGCUAGUUGCAGAAGCCUUUCGCGCUCUUCCGGGCGGUUUUUCGUACGCGUACCACCAGGCGUGCCACACGAGCCUGGUGGGUGUGCGUGAAGAGGCCGAUAAAGCUGUCUGUCUGCCGUCGGGCGAGGUGGAAGCAUGGGCAGCCGGUGAGACCCACGACAUCGCCAUGAACGGCAAUAACACUCUCUUUGCCUACCCAGCACAGUCCAACAUGGAUGGACGCCGAUUUCCGUUAUCGUGGUCACAUCGUCUACGAAAUCAGAAUCAGACACUUGAUCCUGACGACAUAGAGCGGGACGAAGGAAAAAACAACGUCUGGACACUACUCGAUGCAGCCGCCUAUGCUGCAACCUCACCACUCGACCUGAGUGACGUGCACACAGCACCCGACUUCACUAUCAUCAGCUUCUACAAGAUCUUUGGCUUCCCAGACUUGGGAGGACUUAUUGUACGCCGACCCGCCGACCAUCUUUUCGAUUCUCGGCGCUAUUUUGGUGGCGGCACCGUCGACAUGGUCGUCUGCUCGUCAAAGGAACAGUGGCAUGCCACAAAGGGCAGUGUGGGUCAGGGUGGCAGCAGAGGCUAUGCUUUACACGACCGACUCGAAGAUGGGACGCUGCCAGUACACAAUAUCUUCGCUUUGGCUGCCGCGCUGGAGACACACGCGACGCUCUUUGGGUCGAUGGCACAAGUAGCAUCACAUACCCGUUACCUUGCCGACCGCCUCUACACAGGGUUAGCCGCCAUGCGCCACGGAAAUGGGAUGCCCUUGUGCCACAUAUAUUCUCCGGAAAAAGAAGAGGCUGGCGCCGUGGUGGCAUUCAACCUGCAAAACGCGCUAGGUGCAUGGGUCAGCCUCGGCGAGUUCGAUAAGUUGGUGUCAUUGAAAAAGAUCCAUCUCCGCACGGGCAGCGUCUGCAACCCGGGAGGCGUCGCAGCAGCCUUGGGCCUGGAGCCCUGGGAGAUGCGGCGCAACUUUUCGCGCGGAAUGCGGUGCGGUUCCGACGAAGGUGGCGACGAUAUUGUGUCGGGCAAGCCAACUGGGAUCAUCCGAGUGAGCUUGGGGGCCAUGAGUACAGCUGGGGAUGUAGACGGAUUUCUGGCAUUUCUCGACGAAUUUUACCGAGACAACACAAUGGGGGUGGAACAAACCACACCACCCAAUGCAGCCGCAAACACAACCCCAAGCAUAGGCAGUCUCUUCGUCGCCAAAAUCAGUGUAUACCCGAUUAAAAGCUGCGGCGCGUUCGACGUUCCACAGGGCACGCGUUGGGCGGUGCGGCCUGAAGGUCUUGCGUGGGACCGGGAGUGGUGCCUUGUUCACCGAGGCACGCGGCGGGCACUGAGCCAGAAGCAGCACCCGAAGAUGGCGCUCCUGCGACCAGUCGUGGAUUUUGACCGGGGUGUGCUCCGGGUCUCGUUUGCUGGGAAAGACGAGAAAUGGCGCCAUUCGGAGGUGUCCGUGCCGCUCUCCAAUAAUCCGGCCAUGUUUGCGCCAACAGUGACAACAUCACGGUCGUCGCGUGUCUGUGGGGAGGAGAUCGCCGCACAAGUAUACACGUCGGAGGAAGUGAGCAGCUUCUUCUCUCGGGCGCUAGGCGUCCCAUGUUUACUGGCGCGUUUCCCUCCUGGCGGCCAGGGGACGAGUAUGCGACACUCCAAAGCGCACCUGCAAAAACACCAGCACCAGGGACUAGGAGAUCUGCCAUCUCCCCCAGACUCGGAUUCUGAGAGGGACGGCCUUCGCAGCCGCGGAGGAUCCAGUACAGCAAGUCGAAUCGGCGAUAGAAGCGAAGAUGACACCAGCAGAAACUCGCUGGCCGGCCGCCAGCAGCAACGCAUUCUCUUGUCCAACGAGAGUCCUAUCCUUGCUAUACAUAUGGCCAGCCUGCGCGAGCUAAACGCAGCCGUUCGGCUGUACAGCAAAGACGGCAACAAUGCUCCAAGCGUGCCCGCCUCCGUCUUCCGCGCCAACAUUGUUCUUGACAGCCGCCUGGGAGAAGAGCAGAAACCGUAUGCCGAAGAUGGCUGGUCACGGCUACGGAUCGGCCAGCAGCCCUUCAAAAUGUUGGGCUCCUGCCGCCGCUGCCACAUGGUUUGCAUCAACCAGGAGACGGGCGCCAAGAACGAGGAGCCGUUUGUGACUCUCACCAAGACACGGCGGUUCGACGGUAAAGUGUUUUUUGGUACACACAUGGGCCACGACCCAGAUAGAGCGGCGACCGGCAAUGAGGGUGGGGAGAACGGGAUGGUUACGUCGAAAACUCCUGAAAAACAGUACCCGACUAUCAUGGUUGGCGACUGUGUUAGUGUUGAGUGA